UUCCAAGGAAAGGCGGUAGAAGCUCUCAAAUGGAAGGCAUACACUCAGCCAUGUCGGUGCCCAGCCUCGCCACGCUCCCGGACUCGCUCCUACUCGAGAUCCUGGCGUGGCUGCCCCCACGUGACCGAGUGGGCGGAGCCAGGGUUUGCAAGAGGUGGCGUCGCCUGGUGCGGGACAAGUUUCUGUGGAGACAUUUGGAUCUAACUUCUUACAAGGUGUCCUCCAAAGUCUUGUGGUAUCUACUGAGGAAUUAUCUGCGAGGCACUCUGCAGACUUUGAAGGCCCAGGGAUCCCUUCACUCCAUUCGGAAGCAAGAUGUGUUUACCCCAGCAUUGAUGCAGGCCUUGGGCAAGCAAUGCCCCAAUCUCCACAACUUGUGCCUGACCAAGACAGACCUCCGUUCCCUCCCCUAUGAUUGUCUCCCCUCCUCUCUCACGACUCUGGAGCUGAGUUUCUGUGAGAUCCCUUCAGUGUGGUUCCAAGUCCCGGAAGCUGCCGAGGCCUGCAAGGAUUUCCCAAGGAUCCAACACCUGAUUAUCCAGAAUGUCCCUGCAUUCUCAAACCAACACCUCUUUAACAUCUCAAGACAGGGCACUCUUAAGACUCUUGUCUUGUCCAAGACCUACCGAGUAACAGAUGCGGGAAUCCAGAGAGCAGCACCCCAUCUGGGAGGCCUUGAGCAUCUCACAUUGCUCCAUAGUCAGAUUGGCAAUUCAGCCAUGCACUUCAUUGGGCGCCACAUGAAGUGCUUGCACAGCUUACACCUUGGGGGCACUGAUUUUCUGACAGAUGUAGGCCUCCCUUGCUUGGCCAGCUUGCCAGAUUUGGAAGAACUCCGCCUGGACUUCUUCAGCAGGCUUUCUGCAGAUUCAGUCGUAGCACUUGGUCAGGCCCUGCCAUGGCUAAAGCGUCUUUAUUUAGGCAGGACAGGAUCUGAUGAUACAGUACUGCACAAAAUCCAGGCAGACUUGCCAAAUUGUGCCGUGGCCAGCACUACCUCCAGUAACAAUUCCAGUGUAGGGUUAUAGACUUUAGCAAGUUCAGUCCAUGCUUAUUCUUCAGAAAGUCAAAAGAUGGCGAUAUAUGGAAGAUUAUGAAAUUAUGUGCACUGAAUACAUAUAUAUCAUUGUGUUCUCCAAAUCAUUCAAACCCAUUUCUGGGUUCAUUAUUCAAAUCAGCUCUGUCUUAAUUUAAGCCAGUCUUUUUCUCCUACUUUUUGACUGGACAUGUGGCCUUUUUAUGGAAAAUCUGUGAUUGCUUAUCUAAAAUUUCAGGUGCCUGAACAUCACAAGACAUAAUAUGCCUGUCUGUUUUUAAAACACCAGGCUCUCUGCCUAAAAUAUCAGCUCUUCAGGUUAGCACAUGUAGGCUUUUGCCUUUAAUUAAUUACCUGAAAGCUGUAUUUCAAGACUAUUUCUGAUCAUUAAUGUGCUUCACUGAUAAGCCUUUAAAUUAUAAUUAAUGUAAUAAAUGUUUUUGUACAAUGUAAUAAAAUAUAUUUUAGCAUUAAAAUAUAAGUUAUCCUAUAGUGAUUGUUCCACUGAAUACCCUUCAGACUUGGCACUCUUUGUCUCUGUUCAAGUUACUUUCUUUUGAUGCGUAAAGGUUCACAUAUGAUGGCAGAGCAAAAGAGUUCAACAGAUCUAGUUCAUUCUUGUCCUGUGGAAAACUUAACACACUGAGACUUAACUCUUUGAGGUUCUACCUCCAACAUUAGUAGUUCUACAUGGACACUUAUCCUG